AUGAAUGAAGCAGAGAAAUUCGAGGAAGAAUUCGACAUUGAGCUUAUGGAGGAAAUAGGAAAACAAACCAUUUCGCAAUUUCUGGAAAAAACACAUUAUAAUGAAGAGAAAACAAAUUUCUGGGUGUCGCAAAUAUUAGAUACAACAUUGAAAGAACUGUCCAAAUUAAACAAGCCAUUUAAAUAUGUUGCUACGUGCAUUCUUAUGGAGAAAAACGGAUCACCGUUAACAACAUCAAAUGUAUGUCUAUGGGAUGAAAAUUCCGACGGUCUUUGUAGCGUUCAAAUGGGAAAUGAAACACUUGAUUGUAUUCUUUGCAUAUAUGCAAUAAAAACAUGA